UUUGAGUUAUUGCCUUUACUUUCGCUUCAAGAAUUUUAUGAUUAUUGCAUUUCAGGUAUCCUCGCCAGCUUUUCAGAUAUACAGACCGUUUUGCUCGCAUGCAUAUCGACAUUAUUACCGCUGAUCAUCGCAUUGGGGAUCGCCUUCGGCGUCAGGCACGUGUGGCGAAAAUAUCGAAACGAGAGGGACGGUGGAAAUGGCUUGCCCUGGUACAAGAACGUCUGCAAGCGCGAUAAUACGGUCGAGUCGCAACAUCAUCAUCCACAUUCCGGAAAUGUUCCCGUUGAGGCUGCCACGAGGGUCCUCUCCGCGCAAGACUUGGUGAAUGGCCUAGACGUACCCCGUUACAUGUGCGAGACCGAGGUGAUGGAGGACGUAAACGUUGCCCCGGCGGCGGCCGUGAUGGAGUACACCACCACCACCACCACCACCACCACCACCACCAGCACUUCCGGCAAUCAUAUCAGCAAGAACGCAAACGGGAACAUCAUCACCCUCACCCUCAAGAACAAUCAUCUUAUCGUGGAGACGGAGGAGCGCGCGGUAACAAUGGAGGAUAACAAACCGACGUCGAGAUACAAAGACAGUGGUUGUUCAUUUGUGGUGGAAGUACAACCGGAUUAUGAUAAGAAAGAGACGGAGGGUAACAAAGGAUCGUCCGAUGACAUGGCCGCCGGUGUUGCCGAUCAACACGCACUGGUGCACAGGGAGGAAAUACCGGACGACAGAUCUUCAGGCUUCGAAAAUACACGACUGUUUGGGAGCACCAAUACCGGUCUAUCACAGUCAGACCUUUCGAUAUCCAGUCAAGGUUCGGCCAAUCCGAGCUAUCGCUAUGGUAAUCAAGUCGAGUACGAUUCUGGCCACCUUGGUUACCCGAUGUACGGUGGUAGUUACGAGUCCGAUGUCCUGUCGAGGAAGCUAGAGGGACGAUCGAAAUGGGUGGAAUUCGACAAGUCGCCGGAUAUAGAAAAGAUAUUAUUGGACGACUCCAGAAAUUUUGCUAAUGAGGAAGAAGAAGAAGAUAAGAGCCCGCAGUUUUACGGAAAAUCAAAAAACGUGUCAUCUCUGCAAGACGUCGUGAGCGCGGCGAUACGCGGGGGGGACUCGUUGGACAUCGACGGCUUCCCAGACGCCGUGCGAUCGAAUCCGAAUCUUCAGGUGAACGGCACGACGCCCAACAAGCUCGAGAUCAUGGAGCAGAAGGCCCUGAGCAACGACUUCGCCAGCAAGACGGAGAGCAACAAGCCCGUGAUAACCGGCGUGCUGCUGAAGGACGACGUUCAGGAGGACGCGUUCCAGGAGCAGCAGCGUAAACUGGGUAACGGCACGCUAACGCCGGAACACAAGGGGGAGAAGAACAACACGGCGGCACGUAAGCCGGAAGGCAGCGUCUUCGUGCCGAGUCACAAGCGCGCGGGCAGCAUCCCGCCGCGAUUGAUCGAGGAGACGCUCGAGAUGGAUCGCAAGAAGUCGCUGGACAUCUACAAUAAGUACAGUCAAAUCAAAACGAGCACCAGGGGCAUGCUGCCGAGCCUGAGCCCGAAGUUCGAGCUGCUGCAGAACGAGCAGACGGCAACGAUUUCGGAGAUUUGAGUCGAGUAGACGAGUACCUUGAACGAAUAUCUACACAAAUUUCCACGCGACGAGGAGGAUUUUCACGUGAGAAGCCAGUGUUUAAUUAUAUAAGCGACUUGAUCGGACGAAGGAAAGACACAAAGGUCGCUACACUGUAGAGAUGCUCCGUUUCCUUCAGUAUGUUUAAAGAGCCACACGAUUUAAA